UCUCCUUUCUCUUUGUUCUCUAGAGUCCUCUAGUCUUUGCUUUCGUCUUCCCCAGAUCUCACCUUUUUGUGCUCGGCAGCCCUUGGGCUUGCCGGAUUUUUGAUGCUUGAGCCGUCGGGAUCUCCAGUUGCUCAAGCAUGAUGGAAUCGAUUUCGUGCUCCCAGUUCCGAUGACCCUUUUGCGAUCCGGUGGCUACCAGCCCAUUACGCAAAUCUCCAAAGGUGGUCGUCGGAUUCCCAGCUCUGGUGGCCAUGGAGCCUCUCACGGGAGAUGGUCACCACCUGAUGGGAUCUCCCCGCCCCGGUGUCCUGGAGACGUGCCGCAACGCGUUCAUAAGUAGAUGGAAGAGUGCCUAGUCCGCUGGAUCGUUCGACCAAAGGCACUUGUACAGCUUGUUCCUUUGUGGUUGAUCGAGUGAGUGAUUCACCUCCCUUCAUUGCCUCUGCAGAUGGGUCUACUCUGGGUUUCUCUCCAGUUGUAAUGGCUUUGCUUGUUUCUUUACCCUUAACUUCAGCUAAGACUUGGAUGUAGAUGCCAGAAGGUGAUUCUAUAAUGUUAUUGCUUCCGUUGUAUUAUAAAAAGAAACCCAGAUC